AGGAAUCGUUUACUCUUGUCUUGUUAGCAAUUCUCUGAAAAUCUUUUUUUCACCGAAGUUUGUUUAUCUGAUCAAACACCACCAUGUGUGGAGGUGCUAUCAUCUCCGAUUUCAUAGCGCCGCCGGCGCUGUCAUCGCGACGCUUGACGCUUGACUUCUUGUGGCCUGAUCUGAAAAAAUCCGGGAUUAAGAAGGGUUCCGGUAAAAGGCACUCAAAGACGGUGAUCAAUUUGGAUGAUGAUUUGGAGACUGACUUCCAGGAGUUUAAGGAUGAAGAAUCUGAUGUAGACGUCUGUGAUGUCGAUGGUGUCUUGGCUGAUGUCAAGCCAUUUGUUUUCUCUGCUUCAAAGAAAUCAUCUUCUGCUGCCUCUCAUGAUUUGAACUCCGGAAAAACCGCACAGUUCAACGGUCAAGCUGAGAAAUGCGCGAAAAGGAAGAGGAAGAACCAGUUUCGCGGGAUUCGGCAGCGUCCAUGGGGUAAAUGGGCUGCUGAAAUCAGAGAUCCAAGGAAAGGGGUUAGGGUCUGGUUAGGAACUUUCAAUACUGCCGAAGAAGCUGCUAGAGCUUAUGAUGCUGAGGCGCGAAGAAUUCGAGGUAAGAAAGCAAAGGUGAACUUCCCUGAGGAGACUCCUCGUGUCUCUAUGAAGCGCUCAGCUAAGACAAAUUCUCAGAAACCUGUCUCCAAGUCGAACGUGAGCCCUGUGCAGCCAAAUCUGAACAAGAAUUUCAAUUACCUGAACAAUCUCAAGCGGGAAUACUUUGAUACCACCAUGGGUUUCAUAGAAGAGAAGCCAUCGAUGAAUCAAUUUGCAUACAUGCACCCAGUUCCUACGUCUGUAGAUGCUGGAUUUAAACCGUUUAAUCCAUCUGAUAAUACCCCGGUGUAUUUCAAUUCCGACAAGGGAAGUAACUCCAUCGAUUGUUCUGAUUAUGGGUGGGGCGAACAGGGUUCUAAAACUCCCGAAAUAUCGUCCAUUCUCAAAGCUUCCAUAGAGGGUGAUGAGUUCUUGGAGGAUGCAAACUGUAAUAAGAAGCUGAACCCAAGUUCCGACAAUGUUAUUCCUACAGAAGACAAUUCGGGAAAGAGUUUAUCCGAUGAGCUAUUGUCUUUGGACAAUCAGAUGAAGUACUUCCAAAUGCCGCCGUUCCUCGACGGGAACUGGGAUGCCUCAAUGGAUGCAUUCCUCAAUGGAGUCGCAACACAGGACGGCGGAAACCCGAUGGAUCUCUGGAGCUUUAAUGACUUCCCUUCCAUGCUAGGGGCCGCUUACUGAGCAAACCCUAAACCCAACUUGCUAGUAACAUGAAUUUGGUCAUAAAUGUGGUGUGAAGCCGAAGUAAAAGCCUUGCCUGCAGUGCUUGCGGAGACUAUGUUCUAUCUUUUAAUGACUAUAAGUGGUUUAUGUGUGAAAUUUUAUAAUGAGAACAUAUGAAUGUUUUAAA